UGCACUCUAACCGAUUCGUUAUUUCAGCAGAAAUGAAAUGAGGUCGAUCUUUGGCAAGUUAGUUGGCCCUCACUAGAAACGAUCCAAGUUUCACUUCCGUCCAAAGUUUUUUUUUAAAAAAAAGUGUUCGCAUUGCAAGAGUUUUGUUUUUGACAAGAGCCAUGGCUUCCGCCGGGGUUGCCUGUCUGCCUGCAAUCCGCAGGAUCGCUGUGUUCGGUGGCACCCACGGCAAUGAGCUGUCAGGGGUAUUUUUAGUCAGACACUGGCUUAAGGACAGAUCGGAGAUCCAGCGCUCGACUUUGGAGGUGCAGCCCUUCCUGAGCAAUCCGGCCGCUGUGCAGCGAUGCACCCGCUAUGUGGACUGUGAUUUGAACCGAGCCUUCACGGCGGAAAACCUCAGCAUGCCACCAAGUGACUCACUACCUUAUGAAGUUAAAAGAGCCCAGGAGAUAAACCGUUUGUUUGGACCAAAAGACAGCGAGAAUGCCUACGACCUUGCUAUAGACCUUCACAACACUACCUCCAACAUGGGAAACUGUCUGAUUAUGAAAACGUCCAAGGAUGAUUUUACCAUCCAGAUGAUUCAUUAUAUUAAGAAUACCUUGACACAUGAUAAUUGUCAAGUGCUGCUGCUCGAAAGCCCUGCGGUCCAAUAUGGUGCAAUUCGAACUGUCGCAAAACACUCUGUAGGUCUUGAAAUAGGCCCUCAACCUCAAGGGGUGGCCAGGGCAAAUAUUUUAGAAAACAUGCGGAAGCUCGUUAACAGUGCCCUGGAUUUUGCACAUUUCUACAACGAAGGCAAGGAAUUCCCUCCAUGUACCCUUGACGUUUACAGAGCUUUUGAGAAAGUCAAUUUCCCCAGAGAUUCAGAAGGACAGAUUAUUGCUGUCAUUCACCCUCAGCUUCAGGACAACGACUGGAAACAACUGAAGCCAGGUGACCCCUCGUUCCUAACCUUGGAUGGAAAGACCAUCCCUUAUGAUGGAAGCAGUGCUGUGUAUCCGGUGUUUGUGAAUGAAGCCGCUUAUUAUGAAAAAGAGCUGGCCUUUCUGUUAACUCAGAAAGUAACUCUGAAGGCAAGCAGUAUGAAGGUUUCCAAAACUUAGUGUAAAGGAUUCUCCAGGAUAUCUUAACUGCUGUUCAUCAGACCAAAGACUAAUUCCACCAACACUAUGCAUUACAAGAGAAUAAGUGUUGCUGCUUUUAAUUAAUCUUUUUUUUAAAAAAAGGGUAAAUGUUUACUAGUGAAACCAGCCUAUUUUGAACAGGCAGUAUCUCAUUCAAAUUGAUGUUAGCUGUUGGGAGGCAGAGGAUGUAGGGUGAGAUAAGUCUUUCUUUCCCCAAAUCCUGUGAAAAAUGAGCACUUAGCUGCAGCAAGAUGUUCUAUCUAUCCACUCGGCUGAGAAUAUGAAAAAAGAUGCCCUUUGAGCAGUUACUCCUGCCAGUCCUGGGUGCAGACAAAACCAAGAUAAUCAACAUGAGAAUGUGGUGCUGACUAAAAUGAUGGAUUGGAAUUCAUUUUUCCUUUAUUCACCGAGUACUAUGAAAAUGUGAAGUGCAGAUUAAUUUGCAAUUAAUACCAUAGUGUCACUUUAAACUUAAUCUUACAACAGCACAGCGUUCAUUUUGUUCUGGUUUCCAAUGCAGCAGUAUGAUGAGAUAAGCAGUUACAUAUAUGCAAGAUACUUUUUAAAACAUAACACCACUUAAUUAAUGGUUAGAAAUCUUUUGAUAUCACAAAAAACUCAGUCAUUUUGCUGGGAUCCAUCAUGAAGUGAUACUUUCAAAAUCUAAAACAUGCACAAUGGCAUACUAAAGAAUGCACAAUUUUAUAAUGCUAUUCGGAUAGCGCCCAGUAUAAUAUUAAGUGGUAAAACUAAUGGUAAGCCUCAGGGAUAUGUUCUGGUUCCAUUCCUUUUCAUUUGGUGUGCACACCAGAGCUGAAAGCAAACCACCACAUGAAAUGGUAGCAUGUUUAAUUCUUAGACAAGUAACUUAGAAACAAAAGGAUAAGUUUUUUUUAUCACCUAGCCUUCCAAAAUAAAAAGUGGAAAUGAAUAUCAAUGUUUCACUACCCUACAGACAUCUCAGGUAAAUCAACAGGACAAGUAAGGAGCUCUUUAUUGACACUCAUAAUGCAGAGCAGGGCCUUUGUCACCAUAUCCAGAUGAUAAUCGCAUGCGGGAAUUUUCUGUGCAGUAUAACUCAAUUUAGGUCAGCAGCAGAUCAUUGAACGCACAAAAAUAUUGAGGUGGGGUGGGGGGGAUGUUCAAGACCAAGGUGGAAAUGGAAAUGCUUUUUCUGGUUCUUUUAGAGACCUGGAGGUGGGGACAGAAUCUAGUAACCUGAAAACAAAUGGAUAAAUACUUUCAAACAUCUGUGAUAGUGCAAAAGGCCAAAAAUCAUUCUGUGAAACAUAAAAGGCUUACUUGCCCUAAAGAAGGAAAUUGAUGGCACAUGCUUUUGACCUUUGGCAGGGUUCGGCUAUAACUCACACAUGCCAUAUUAUAUUUUGUGUAUCCACAAGAAAUCCUCUGGAGAUUGUUUUACAAGGUGCACUUGAAUUCACUGCUGUGAAUCCUUGUAAGAUCUUCCCCUUGAAGAAGCAUGAAUUGGUGCAACUAUACUGCCCUAUAAUGUUUUGAGGUGAGAAUUGUAUUUGAAAUCUGAUGAAUCUCUUUAAACUUCAUUUGAGGAAUUGCAGAUAAAUGCGCAAUAAUCAACAAACAACAAGUGGAUUACCUGCAUUCCACCCACUGAGUGUAGUGAUAUCAAUGGUUUAAUAAUAUUUGCAAAACAAUUCUUUACUCUUAUUAGAUUCGCACUGCUAAAUGUCCUAGUUUCAUUAGGAGGCAGAAAUAGGCUGUCCUGAAGCAGGGGACUUGUGCAAGGCCUGGUGUCAAUGCUAAGUCUUAUUUAAAAGUUGGUCAGGCUUUUCAUCCUUUGGGAUAGCAGGCUGUGUUACUGUAAUGAGCUGCACUCAGCUGAGCUAAAAGCUAUCAGUUCCUGGGCACUGAGUUGGAAGAUCAAACAAUACUCAAGUUCAAGUUUGCUGUCUGACUAGGGAAGGGAUUCUCAAAUACUGUGGCCAUUUUGCAAUUUAAUUUUGAAUUCAUAAAUUCAAAUUGCAAUGGUGAACUUUAUGCCACUGAACUGAAUGGAGAUUUAAAUGGCUCACCACAUCGGCUGGCAGGGGGAGACACGCCAUGGCAGGGCUGUAAAAUCCUGGCCCAGGUAUUUUCUUCACUUUAUAUCCAACUCGUGGGCAAAUUCUUCAAAAGUAAUAAUGUCAGAAAAUCCCAGACUAAAUGGAUAUUUCGUUAUGAAUAACUGAAGUUUUUGUUUCAACUAAUCUCACACCAAAGGUUAACAUUACACACUUUAUUAAUUGAGAGGACUCAAAUUACUUUAGAUAGUAUCUUUUAAAGGACACAUAAUCCCAGAUAGAACGUUUUUCUAAAUAUUGCGCUAAUUUUACUCUUUUUCAGGCUCAUUGUGACUACCACAAAUGUCUGUAAGUUUAAUAUAUUUAAGUUUUGAGUGUAUCCUUUAAUAUGAGUUUUCCGAAGAUCAGCAGUUGUUAUUGGAGCACCAUGACUAUGCAAAUCCUAGCCAUUCAGGGAACCUUCCUAGGUAAAAAUAGCAGCCGUUUUUUAAAACAGUAUGCCAAUCUCACAGGACACCUACUAGCUACUCUCGGAUUCUGUAGGCAGGAACUUUGUCUCUUAUUUAAUAGUUUCAUCAUUAAAGAUAGAUUUUUUGAACCAUCAUCACAUUUUGGAGUUAAUUUGAAUGAUAUUGAAAUAUAUUUAGAUCAAACUUUCA